AUGAUGUGUCUAGCUCCUGCAAAGUCGAAAGCCCAGAAGAUGUCCAUUGGGACAUUUCUGGCGGAUGAGUCCUACGGCUCCUGGGCCGAUGAGAUGGAGGAUAAUCCUAUUCCAUUCUCCUCCUACGCACCCCGAUCUGGCUAUGGCGGAGACCGUGAACGUAACACGUUUGGAACAUCCGGCGGGUAUACCCAAGAGCAUCACGACCGCGGCUACUCAAUGAGAGAAGAACUCCCUAUGCCAACCCAGCCGCCAUACACCGCUCACAUUGGUAACCUUUCCUUCGAGGCCACCCAGGCUGACAUCCAGGAGCUCUUCGCUGAGUGCGAGGUUACCAGCGUUCGUAUUGUGGAGGACAAACUUACUGGAUCUCCCAAAGGCUUUGGCUAUGUUGAAUUUGCCUCUGUCGACGGCCUCAAGAAGGCACUAACAUUCCAGGGUACCUCUCUUCAAGGGAGGAAUAUCCGAGUGAGCAUCGCUGAACCUCCCAAGGACCGACAUGAUGGAAGGGAUCUCGGCGACUGGACCCGAAAGGGCCCGCUGCCCGAUCUUCCUGGCCAGCGGCGUGUAUCAGACCGCCCUGCUUUCGGUGGUGCCCGCAACUUCGACCCUGCUUCUGAUGCUGCAAACGAGCGCCCUGGCCGCCGUGGCUAUGAAGCCGCCAACGAUGGCAGAUCGCGCGAUUUCUCCACCUGGGAGAGAAAGGGACCUCUCUCUCCUAGCCAGCAAAACGCUCCCGCUAGAGAGGGUCGUCCCCACAGCAAGGAUGGCCCUCAGUUCCGCAGAGCCUCCCCAGCUUGGGGUGAAGGCCGCUCACAAGACGGUUCUCGACCACCCCGCCGAGAAUUUACUGAGCGUCCUGUCCCUGAGAGAGCCCCAACCGCACCCGAACUGGACAACCAAUGGAGAGCUAGGAUGCGGCCUGAUGCCCCUGCUCAGCCUGAAACUCCUGUUGAACCUCCAACUCCCACUGCUGCUGCAGCUCCUGCCCCCGGAGCAAGACCGAGACUUAACUUACAGAAGAGGACGGUCCCUGAGUCAGAGGCUGCCGCACCAUCCCCAGCUGCGGCUGAAACCCAGUCUAGUAUCUUCGGAGGCGCCAAGCCUAUUGAUACUGCUUCCCGAGAAAAGGCAGUGGCCGAGAAGAGAGAGCUCGCCCUGCAACAGAAGAAAGAGGCUGAUGAGAAGGCCAAGGCCGAACGCAUAGAGAAGCAAAAGGCAGAGAAGGCUGCUAAAGAAGAAGCUGAGAAAGCUGAGGCAAACGGAACAAAGGAAGAGACCACAGAAGGUGGAAAGCCUGUUGAGAUCCUAAAACGUGAAGAAGGUGAGGAGAAAGCCGCAGAUGAGGGUGAAAAGGGAGCUGCCACCACCCAGAAGACCGAGGCUGGUCAAGACAAGGCCCGCCCACAGCCACCAAGCCGGACAAGCAGCGGCUGGCGAAACGGUGGCGGACGAGGCCGUGGUGGACCACCACACAGCCGCGGAGGAUCUCGCAGCACUUCCCAUCGCGGGCCUCCUGCACAAGGCACUCCAUCUGAGACUGCUUCUCCCGCAUCCCCUGCGACGCCUGAUGAAGACGGAUGGAGCACCGUCAGUGCGAAGCAGAAGAAUGUCCGUCGUGGAAACUACAACCGUGGCCAGGCUUCUUAA